ACAAAACCCCACUGUGUUCCUCAUUCACGUCCUCAAAACGACACCGUAUCCACCUUCCGAGUUUCUAUAAAUAUUCAUUUUUCUUCCCAAACCCACUCAUGACUCCGAACCACAACCCGAGCCCGAAACCGAACCUCACUCUCCCUCCAUGGCAGUUACUCUCGCCGUCUUCCUCAUCCUCAUUCUCGCCGGAGAUUCCUCCGGCAGAGAGCUCCGACCAUCAGACCACGGCCUCGUCUUCCAGAGCUUGCAGCCGGCGGGGCCACAUUCCUCACCGGAGAUGAAAUCCUUCUUCAACACCGCCAACUCGUCGCCGACGAUGUCGUCCAACUCCGACGUGGCACUGCCGAGGGCAAUAACCUCCGGCGUCGCGUCGCCGCCUUCUUUGCAGAGAGUCUCCGGCGAUGGCGGCGGCGACCGAGUUGGGAGGGCGCUGACGGUGGCGAGCCUGGUCUGCGGAAUCGCCGGUGCGGCUCUGCUGGUGGGUUCUUGCUUGAUUUAUGUGUUCAAGUAUCGGAAGGGGAAACAAAACGCAGCGUUUCGUGGUGGUGUUGAAAAUGAGAAUAAUAAUAAUCAUUGUGAUUUAGAAAAUGAUGAUAACAGCAAAUUGCAAUUAGUGGUACUCAACCCGUGACUGAGUCUGAGUGUGUACUGUUCUUGCUUAAUUUGUUGUUGAUUUUUCGUUAAUUAAUUAUUUUCCACCAGUGUUCUAUGAUUCUAUACGUUAAUUGCAUGCAAAUUAAGGGUAUAGUAGUAGUAGUAGUGGUGUAGUUUUAUUACAAUUAUAAUUAUAAUAUAUUUUAGUUUUGAGUUAA